UCCGCACCGGGCGUCGCGGCGUGCUCGCGCCCGCGCACGUCUAGAGGGGGCCGCGCGCCCGCGCCCGCGCCGGGCCCAGUAGCCGUGCCGCAGUGCCCAUGCUUGCGAUGCCUCGCGGGAAGCGUGCCUCAGGCGGCCUUGCCGCUUCCGGCCCUGCGCCGGCCCGGCAAGCGGUGCUGAGCCGAUUCUUUCAGGCUAAGGAACGCCGGAAGUCCACGCCGUCCGCCACUGACGCAGCCGAAAAGGCGAGCCCCGCCUCCGCAGCGCCCCCGGCGUCCACGUCCCCGCCUCAGCGGCCGCCGCGCGCGGUGAGUUUGGAUCAGGCCACGGAAGCUUCCAGCAGAAAGAGGUCGCAGGAGCCUGAGGGGCCUGUGAGCAAGAAAGCGCGGCCUGUGGGGGAACAGGAAGGAGGAAGUGGUUCUGUCUCUGCCGGCCACCCAGAGCCAAAGAAGUGCCUGAGGACGGGGCUUGUUUUGAAGUCUCUGGAGACACUGAGGAAAUUCCACUGCGACUCCGCGCCGCCUCAGACUCGAGUCCGCACAGAGCGUCUUCAGGAGAGGUUUGCGGUCCUGCCAAGGUGCACCGAUUAUGAUGACCUCGAUCUCCUGCGUGCCAAGAACGCCGCUGCCUCUGAGGACUCCAACUCUCAGGCCCGCCAGAAGGACAAGACACUUUCUGAUCUCAGUCCUUUUGGAUCAUCCCAAACGAGUCAUGAAGAUGGACAGCAAGCGUGUGAUCCUAAGCCCCUGAACAAGCGGUCCAAGAGCGUCUACACCCCGCUGGAGCUGCAGUUCCUGGAAGUGAAGCGGCAGCACCAGGACGCGGUUCUGUGCGUGGAGUGCGGCUAUAAGUAUAGGUUCUUCGGGGAAGAUGCAGAGAUUGCAGCUCGGGAGCUCAAUAUUUAUUGCCAUUUGGAUCACAACUUCCUGACAGCUAGCAUCCCUACCCACAGGCUGUUUGUCCAUGUGCGCCGUCUCGUGGCCAAAGGAUACAAGGUGGGAGUUGUGAAGCAAACUGAGACUGCAGCCCUAAAGGCCAUUGGAGACAACAAAAGCUCACUGUUUUCCCGAAAACUGACUGCUCUGUAUACGAAAUCCACACUCAUUGGAGAAGAUGUGAAUCCUCUAAUCAAACUGGAUGAUGCUGUGAAUGUCGAUGAGAUAAUGGCUGAUGCUUCUUCCAACUAUCUUCUGUGUAUCUGUGAAAAUAAAGAAAAGGCUAAGGACAAAAAGAAAGGAAGCAUUUUCAUUGGCGUUGUGGGAGUGCAGCCUGCCACAGGCGAGGUCGUGUAUGACAGUUUCCAGGACUCCGCUUCCCGUUCAGAGCUGGAGACGCGGAUCUCAGCCCUGCAGCCUGUGGAGCUGCUGCUGCCCUCACACUUGUCUGAGCAAACCGAGAGGCUCAUUCACAGAGCUACAGCGGUCAGUGUGCGGGAUGACAGAAUGCGCGUGGAAAGGAUGGAGGAUGUUGACUUUGAGUACAGCCACGCUUUCCAGAUGGUUACCGAGUUUUAUGCAAAGGAUGCAGUUGAAACCCAAGGCUCUCAAAGUCUUUCUGGCAUCCUUAACCUGGAGAAGCCUGUGGUCUGCUCUUUGGCUGCUGUAAUAAAAUACCUCAAAGAAUUUAACUUGGAAAAGAUGCUUUCCAAACCUGAGAAUUUUAAACAGCUGUCAAGUGAAGUGGAAUUUAUGACAAUUAAUGGGACGACUUUAAGGAAUUUGGAAAUCCUGCAGAAUCAGACUGAUAUGAAAACGAAAGGGAGCUUACUCUGGGUCUUAGAUCACACGAAAACUUCAUUUGGAAGACGGAAGUUAAAGAAGUGGGUGACCCAGCCACUCCUUAAAUUGAGGGACAUAAAUGCCCGACUGGAUGCUGUAUCUGAAGUUCUCCAUUCAGAAUCUAGUGUGUUUGGUCAGAUAGAAAAUCAUCUACAUAAAUUGCCCGACAUCGAGAGAGGACUCUGUAGCAUUUAUCACAAAAAAUGUUCUACCCAGGAGUUCUUCUUGAUUGUCAAAACUCUGUGUCACCUGAAGUCAGAAUUUCAAGCGUUAGUACCAGCUGUGAAUUCCCAAGUUCACUCAGACCUGCUGCGGACCUGCGCUUUGGACAUUCCGGAGCUCCUCAGGCCAGUGGAGCGUUACUUGCAGGUCCUUAAUGAACAAGCGGCCAAAAUUGGGGACAAAACUGAAUUAUUCAAAGACCUUUCUGACUUCCCCUUAAUAAAAAAGAGGAAGGAUGAAAUUCAGGAAGUCACAGAAAAGAUCCAAGUACAUUUACAAGAAAUCCGAAAAAUAUUAAAAAAUCCUUCCGCACAGUAUGUGACAGUAUCGGGACAGGAGUUUAUGAUUGAGAUAAAGAAUUCUUCUCUAUCUUGUAUACCAGCUGAUUGGAUUAAGGUUGGAAGCACAAAAGCUGUGAGCCGCUUUCACUCUCCUUUUAUUGUAGAAAAUUACAGACGUCUGAAUCAGCUCCGAGAGCAGCUCGCCCUUGACUGCAGUGCUGAGUGGCUUGGUUUUCUAGAGACGUUCAGUGGACAUCAUGACUCCCUGUGUAAGGCGGUGCAUCACCUAGCAACUGUUGACUGCAUUUUCUCCCUGACCAAGGUCGCUAAGCAAGGAAAUUACUGCAGACCAGCUCUACAAGAAGAAAGGAAAAUCAUCAUAAAAAAUGGAAGGCAUCCUGUGAUUGAUGUGCUGCUCAGCGAGCAGGACCAGUAUGUUCCCAAUAGUACGAAUCUAUCAGGGGACGCAGAGAGAGUGAUGAUCAUUACUGGUCCAAACAUGGGCGGAAAGAGCUCCUACAUCAAACAGGUUGCACUGAUCACCGUCAUGGCUCAGAUUGGCUCCUAUGUUCCUGCCGAGGAAGCCACACUUGGGAUCGUGGAUGGCAUUUUCACGAGAAUGGGUGCUGCAGACAACAUAUAUAAAGGACGGAGCACAUUUAUGGAAGAACUGACAGACACAGCGGAAAUUAUCCGCCAGGCAACACCACAGUCCUUGGUCAUCUUGGAUGAGCUGGGAAGAGGGACCAGCACUCACGACGGAAUCGCCAUUGCUUAUGCUACUCUUGAGUAUUUUAUUAGAGAUGUGAAGUCCCUAACGCUGUUUGUCACCCAUUAUCCACCAGUUUGUGAGCUGGAGAAACAUUACUCACAACAGGUGGGCAAUUACCACAUGGGAUUCUUGGUGACCGAGGAUGAAAGCAAACAGGACCCAGGUGGAGAGGAACCAGUCCCUGAUUUUGUCACGUUUCUUUAUCAAAUCACCCAAGGCGUUGCCGCCAGGAGUUACGGGCUGAAUGUGGCCAAGCUAGCAGACAUUCCCGGGGAGGUCUUACGGAAAGCAGCCCGCAAGUCGCAGGAGCUGGAAGGACUAGUGAACGCGAAAAGGAAAAAGCUAAAGUAUUUUACAAAAUUAUGGACAAUACACAGUGCACAAGAUCUGCGAAAGUGGACAGAUGAGUGUGAAGAGGAAGAACUGUAGACUUCUUUUCCCGGUUAAACUGAAGACUGCGUUAUUGAACCAAGUAUGGAGAAUUAGAAAGACCGAGUGUAUGGAGUAGCUCCGCAGCGACAGCCCGUCUGUGCGACAUGUGAGCAUAGCGUGUGACGGUGGCAUAUUCCCGUUGGAACCUGGCCUCUUGUGGAGAGAGUUCUUUCUGAGGCUCCUGCUCUCCUGAUGUUUUAGCGUAUAGUGCCUUUUGAAUAGGAAGACUUCCAUUAUGUGACGGAAAAUUCCACGGACAGUGAAUUUCACGUAAAAUCAAAACCUUCUGAAUAAAGCCUAGAGUGGCAGAAAGCGAUUCAUGAACUUUUGGGGAGUGAUGUAGAAAUUUAGUUCUUUUUUGAUUUCAGUUCAGAUAAUUACCAGCCGGGUGAAUCUGGCAGGAAUCUACCUUUCCACUUGCACUAAAAUAAUUUUAUAGUGCCACCAGCUUAUUUACCAUGAACGUGGAAUUUUUUUUGUAGGAAACAGAAAUAGUUACCAAGGCUUUAGAAACCAAGAGCACAGAAGGAAUAGGGCCAUCUGAAGUUUGAAGAGUAAAUACUAUCAUGGUUUUAAGUCACUGAAAGAUUGUUGGA